UGACCACUGCUCAUUCCGUAUGGGACAGUAUGUUCUCCACAAUGGCUGUACUGAUGAAAUCUGCCCGUGUGAGAAAAGGACUACUGGAGAUGGCAUCAAUCAUACUCACCAUGUGUCUGAGCUAUGCCACGCUUUUAUACAUUUUGCUGACAAACAUCACCAAGGAGAGAAAUGAGCUGAAAGAAAUUAUGAGGAUGAUGGGGCUCCGAGACUCUGCUUAUUGGUUAUCGUGGGGAUUGCUCUAUGCCGUUUAUGUCCUGAUUCUUGCAAACUUGAUAACGCUUCUUGUUGGCAUAACUGUGUUUUUGAGAAGUUCCUAUGGAGUUAUCCUGCUUCUGUUUGUCCUCUAUGGGAUAUCAAUGAUUAGUUUCACUUUCAUGUUGUGCUCCCUGCUCCGGACCUCUGAGUACACUGUCACCAUUGACUCCAUCACAGCGCUUAUCCUGUGUAUUCUAAGCCUUCUGCCGCUGCUGAGAGUCUUGCCCAUGCCUCUAGAAAUCUUUCUGUGCAUCUUACCCCCGUUUGCAUUCUCGCUUGGUAUCACUGAGAGUGUACACAUGGAGAUGGACCUCCAGGGCGUCUUCUUCUCAGACCUCACUGGAGACUCCUGCCAUGUCCUUGGCAGCUACAUCGGCCUUCUGCUGGACUCCAUCCUCUACUUCCUCCUCACAUUGUACUUUGACAAGAUUCUAGCAGAUAAAUAUGGCAUGAAGUUCGAGCCGUACUUCUUCCUCUGCCGCUCUUACUGGUCAAAAACGAAAAUGACCCCAAUACCACUGGACACGUUAGAAAGAGAAAGGGCAGACACUGAAGAUUAUGUCGAAAAAGUUCCGGUUGAACUCAUAGGAAAAGAGGCAAUCAGGCUUUAUAAAAUUAAGAAAAUCUACAGUGGCAAAGACAAGAAGACGGAAGCUUUAAGAGAUCUGGAUUUGGACAUAUAUAAAGGACAAAUUACGGCACUACUUGGUCACAGUGGAGCUGGGAAGACGACAUUGCUGAAUAUACUGAGCGGAAUGAGCAGAAUGUCUGGGGGCUCGGCCUCCAUCUACAACCAUCAGCAUUCAGACAUUCACAACCUGCAGGAGAUACAGAGGAGAAUCGGGUUUUGUCCGCAGUUUGAUGUCAAGUUUGAUCAUUUAACCGUGAGAGAAAAUCUGGAAGUGUUCUGCAGGAUCAAGGGGAUCGCUCCGGGAGAAGUGAUGUCAGAGGUAAAGUCUAUACAUAUAUGUGUGAUGUGUAUAUAUAGUCAGAGAAUAUAUGUGUGAUGUGUAUAUAUAGUCAGAGAAUAUAGGUGUGAUGUAUAUAUAUAGUCAGAGAAUAUAUGUGUGAUGUGUAUAUAUAGUCAGAGAAUAUAGGUGUGAUGUAUAUAUAGUCAGAGAAUAUGUGUGAUGCAUAUAUAGUCAGAGAAUAUAGGUGUGAUGUAUAUAUAUAGUCAGAGAAUAUAGGUGUGAUGUAUAUAUAGUCAGAGAAUAUAUGUGUGAUGUGUAUAUAUAGUCAGAGAAUAUGUGUGAUGUAUAUAUAGUCAGAGGAUAUAUGUGUGAUGUAUAUAUAGUCAGAGAAUAUAGAUGUGAUGUAUAUAUAGUCAGAGAAUAUAGGUGUGAUGUAUAUAUAGUCAGAGGAUAUAUGUGUGAUGUGUAUAUAUAGUCAGAGAAUAUAGGUGUGAUGUAUAUAUAGUCAGAGAAUAUAUGUGAUGUAUAUAUAGUCAGAGAAUAUAUGUGUGAUGUGUAUAUAGUCAGAGAAUAUGUGUGAUGUAUAUAUAGUCAGAGAAUAUGUGUGAUGUAUAUAUAGUCAGAGAAUAUAUGUGUGAUUUAUAUAUAGUCAGAGAAUAUGUGUGAUGUAUAUAUAGUCAGAGAAUAUAGGUGUGAUGUAUAUAUAGUCAGAGAAUAUGUGUGAUGUAUAUAUAGUCAGAGAAUAUAGGUGUGAUGUAUAUAUAGUCAGAGAAUAUGUGUGAUGUAUAUAUAGUCAGAGAAUAUAUGUGAUGUAUAUAUAGUCAGAGAAUAUAUGUGUGAUGUGUAUAUAGUCAGAGAAUAUGUGUGAUGUAUAUAUAGUCAGAGAAUAUAUGUGUGAUGUGUAUAUAGUCAGAGAAUAUGUGUGAUGUAUAUAUAGUCAGAGAAUAUAUGUGUGAUGUGUAUAUAGUCAGAGAAUAUGUGUGAUGUAUAUAUAGUCAGAGAAUAUAUGUGAUGUAUAUAUAGUCAGAUAAUAUAUGUGAUGUGUAUAUAGUCAGAGAAUAUAUGUGUGAUGUGUAUAUAGUCAGAGAAUAUGUGUGAUGUAUAUAUAGUCAGAGAAUAUAUGUGUGAUGUGUAUAUAUAGUCAGAGAAUAUGUGUGAUGUAUAUAUAGUCAGAGAAUAUAUGUGUGAUGUGUAUAUAGUCAGAGAAUAUAUGUGUGAUGUAUAUAUAGUCAGAGAAUAUAUGUGAUGUAUAUAUAGUCAGAGAAUAUAGGUGUGAUGUAUAUAUAGUCAGAGAAUAUGUGUGAUGUAUAUAUAGUCAGAGAAUAUAUGUGUGAUGUGUAUAUAUAGUCAGAGAAUAUGUGUGAUGUAUAUAUAGUCAGAGAAUAUAUGUGAUGUAUAUAUAGUCAGAUAAUAUAUGUGAUGUAUAUAUAGUCAGAGAAUAUAGGUGUGAUGUAUAUAUAGUCAGAGAAUAUGUGUGAUGUAUAUAUAGUCAGAGAAUAUAUGUGUGAUGUGUAUAUAUAGUCAGAGAAUAUAUGUGAUGUAUAUAUAGUCAGAGAAUAUAUGUGAUGUAUAUAUAGUCAGAGAAUAUAGGUGUGAUGUAUAUAUAUAGUCAGAGAAUAUAGGUGUGAUGUAUAUAUAUAGUCAGAGAAUAUAGGUGUGAUGUAUAUAUAGUCAGAGAAUAUAUGUGUGAUGUGUAUAUAUAGUCAGAGAAUAUAGGUGAUGUAUAUAUAGUCAGAGAAUAUAUGUGAUGUAUAUAUAGUCAGAGAAUAUAGGUGUGAUGUAUAUAUAUAGUCAGAGAAUAUAUGUGUGAUGUAUAUAUAGUCAGAGAAUAUAGAUGUGAUGUAUAUACAGAGAAUAUAUGUGUGAUGUAUAUAUAGUCAGAGAAUAUAGAUGUGAUGUAUAUAUAGUCAGAGAAUAUAGGUGUGAUGUAUAUAUAGUCAGAGAAUAUAUGUGUGAUAUGUAUAUAUAGUCAGAGAAUAUAGGUGUGAUGUAUAUAUAGUCAGAGAAUAUAUGUGUGAUGUAUAUAUAGUCAGAGAAUAUAGAUGUGAUGUAUAUAUAGUCAGAGAAUAUAGAUGUGAUGUAUAUAUAGUCAGAGAAUAUAGGUGUGAUGUAUAUAUAGUCAGAGAAUAUAUGUGUGAUGUGUAUAUAUAGUCAGAGAAUAUAGGUGUGAUGUAUAUAUAGUCAGAGAAUAUGUGUGAUGUAUAUAUAGUCAGAGAAUAUAGAUGUGAUGUAUAUAUAGUCAGAGAAUAUAGGUGUGAUGUAUAUAUAGUCAGAGAAUAUAUGUGUGAUGUGUAUAUAUAGUCAGAGAAUAUAGGUGUGAUGUAUAUAUAGUCAGAGAAUAUAUGUGUGAUGUAUAUAUAGUCAGAGAAUAUAUGUGUGAUGUAUAUAUAGAGAAUAUAUGUGUGAUGUAUAUUUAUAGAGAAUAUAUGUGUGAUGUAUAUAUAUAGUCAGAGAAUAUAGGUGUGAUGUAUAUAUAGUCAGAGAAUAUAUGUGUGAUGUAUAUAUAGUCAGAGAAUAUAUGUGUGAUGUAUAUAUAGAGAAUAUAUGUGUGAUGUAUAUUUAUAGAGAAUAUAUGUGUGAUGUAUAUAUAGAGAAUAUAUGUGUGAUGUAUAUAUAGUCAGAGAAUAUAUGUGUGAUGUAUAUAUAUAGAGAAUAUACGUGUGAUGUAUAUUUAUAGAGAAUAUAUGUGUGAUGUAUAUAUAGUCAGAGAAUAUAUGUGUGAUGUAUAUAUAGUCAGAGAAUAUAUGUGUGAUGUAUAUACAGAGAAUAUAUGUGUGAUGUAUAUAUAUAGUCAGAGAAUAUAUGUGUGAUGUAUAUAUAGUCAGAGAAUAUAUGUGUGAUGUAUAUAUAGUCAGAGAAUAUAUGUGUGAUGUAUAUAUAGUCAGAGAAUAUAUGUGUGAUGUAUAUAUAGCCAGAGAAUAUAUGUGUGAUGUAUAUAUAGAGAAUAUAUGUGUGAUGUAUAUAUAGUCAGAGAAUAUAUGUGUGAUGUAUAUAUAUAGAGAAUAUACGUGUGAUGUAUAUUUAUAGAGAAUAUAUGUGUGAUGUAUAUAUAGUCAGAGAAUAUAUGUGUGAUGUAUAUAUAGUCAGAGAAUAUAUGUGUGAUGUAUAUACAGAGAAUAUAUGUGUGAUGUAUAUAUAGUCAGAGAAUAUAUGUGUGAUGUGUAUAUAUAGUCAGAGAAUAUAUGUGUGAUGUAUAUAUAGAGAAUAUAUGUGUGAUGUAUAUAUAGUCAGAGAAUAUAUGUGUGAUGUAUAUAUAGAGAAUAUAUGUGUGAUGUAUAUAUAGUCAGAGAAUAUAUGUGUGAUGUAUAUAUAUAGAGAAUAUACGUGUGAUGUAUAUUUAUAGAGAAUAUAUGUGUGAUGUAUAUAUAGUCAGAGAAUAUAUGUGUGAUGUAUAUAUAGUCAGAGAAUAUAUGUGUGAUGUAUAUACAGAGAAUAUAUGUGUGAUGUAUAUAUAUAGUCAGAGAAUAUAUGUGUGAUGUAUAUAUAGUCAGAGAAUAUAUGUGUGAUGUAUAUACAGAGAAUAUAUGUGUGAUGUAUAUAUAGUCAGAGAAUAUAUGUGUGAUGUGUAUAUAUAGUCAGAGAAUAUAUGUGUGAUGUAUAUAUAGAGAAUAUAUGUGUGAUGUAUAUAUAGUCAGAGAAUAUAUGUGUGAUGUAUAUAUAGAGAAUAUAUGUGUGAUGUAUAUAUAGUCAGAGAAUAUAUGUGUGAUGUAUAUAUAUAGAGAAUAUACGUGUGAUGUAUAUUUAUAGAGAAUAUAUGUGUGAUGUAUAUAUAGUCAGAGAAUAUAUGUGUGAUGUAUAUAUAGUCAGAGAAUAUAUGUGUGAUGUAUAUACAGAGAAUAUAUGUGUGAUGUAUAUAUAGUCAGAGAAUAUAUGUGUGAUGUAUAUAUAGUCAGAGAAUAUAUGUGUGAUGUAUAUAUAUAGAGAAUACAGUAUAUGUGUGAUGUAUAUAUAGUCAGAGAAUAUAUGUGUGAUGUAUAUAUAGUCAGAGAAUAUAUGUGUGAUGUAUAUACAGAGAAUAUAUGUGUGAUGUAUAUAUAGUCAGAGAAUAUAUGUGUGAUGUGUAUAUAUAGUCAGAGAAUAUAUGUGUGAUGUAUAUAUAGAAAAUAUAUGUGUGAUGUAUAUAUAGUCAGAGAAUAUAUGUGUGAUGUAUAUAUAGAGAAUAUAUGUGUGAUGUAUAUAUAGUCAGAGAAUAUAUGUGUGAUGUAUAUAUAUAGAGAAUAUACGUGUGAUGUAUAUUUAUAGAGAAUAUAUGUGUGAUGUAUAUAUAUAGAGAAUAUACGUGUGAUGUAUAUUUAUAGAGAAUAUAGGUGUGAUGUAUAUAUAGUCAGAGAAUAUAUGUGUGAUGUAUAUAUAGUCAGAGAAUAUAUGUGUGAUGUAUAUACAGAGAAUAUAUGUGUGAUGUAUAUAUAGUCAGAGAAUAUAUGUGUGAUGUAUAUAUAGUCAGAGAAUAUAGGUGUGAUGUAUAUAUAGUCAGAGAAUAUAUGUGUGAUGUAUAUAUAGUCAGAGAAUAUAUGUGUGAUGUAUAUAUAGUCAGAGAAUAUAUGUGUGAUGUAUAUACAGAGAAUAUAUGUGUGAUGUAUAUAUAGUCAGAGAAUAUAUGUGUGAUGUAUAUAUAGUCAGAGAAUAUAUGUGUGAUGUAUAUAUAUAGAGAAUACAGUAUAUGUGUGAUGUAUAUAUAGUCAGAGAAUAUAUGUGUGAUGUAUAUAUAUAGAGAAUACAGUAUAUGUGUGAUGUAUAUAUAGUCAGAGAAGGCCUCAGUCUACCUGCAGGUCCUUCUUUACUAACAGAAGAUAACCCCUUUAACCAAUUAAUGACCAGACCAAUUUUAUUUUUUGCGUUAACAUUUUUUCCUCCUCGUCUUAUAAAAAGCCAUAACUUUCUUAAUUUUCUCAUCUACAGAGCCAUGUCAGUGAUUAUUUUUUUGCAGGACUUGCUUGUACUUUCUAAUAACACCUUUCAUUUUUUAUCAUCAAAUGUAUGGGCAAAACUGCAAAAAACCUGUUUUAUGUGUAAAAUGUCCAUCAGUAUACAGUGUUAUUCAUUCUGCACAAUGAGAGCCAUAAAUAAACAAACAAAAUAAACAAACAAAAUAAAUAAAUA